AUGGAAGAUGAAGAUAACCCAGAAGAAAACCAAAUAUCGUUGGCCCCUUGUGAAGGUGACUGUAUUUACGACAAGUCGAUAUGUCUGAAUUAUCUGUGUAAAACUGACGAAUCGUACAUUGAACCACUUCGGAAAUUCCGUAUCGAAAGGAUAGGCAAUGCUCUUCAGUCGGAACGAAAGAAGUACGAAAAGGCUAGUGCGAAGUUUUACCAAACGCUGGAAAAACACCUUCAUACGUCGACGACUAAAAAGAACGAUUUCAAGGGAGCCGACGAUCUGCUGGAUCUUGAGCAGCGGAAUUUUCAUCGCGCGUCGUUAGAUUACGUACUGGUGCUACAGUCGGUACAAGAACGGAUGAAGUUCGAGUUUGUCGAGACGCUUUCCUCUUUCCUCUACAGCUGGCUGAGUUUUUAUCACGUCGGCUACGUCAUGCACGAGGACUUCAAACCGUACCUGGACAACGUAAAGCGGCGAGUACAGAAGGCAAAAGAAAGUUUUCUGUCCACGCAAGCGGAGGCCGAAGAUCUGAAAAUGAAGAUGCUCUCCAUGCACCGGAGUAAUGAGGAAAGUUCGAGCCGAAUUUCUGUCAAGCAGGGUUAUCUGUACUUGCUAGAGAGGAAAAACCUGGUCACCGCAUGGACGAAGCACUACUGUGUUUACCAGAAAGAGAGCAGAAUGUUUACGAUGAUACCGUUUUCGCAGAACUCCAAGCAUGACUUCAAUACGGCUUACAGCCAAAAUAUAUCUAAGAAGUUGAAGUCGUGCACUCGCCGAGCUUCCGACUCGAUCGACAAACGGUUCUGUUUUGACGUCACUUUCGAUGAGUGUUCCGAAGUAUUAACAUUCCAGGCACUGUCUGAGGAAGACAGACGGUUGUGGCUUGAUUCACUUGAUGGCAAGGAGCCGGUACUUAUUUUGAACUUUUUACGCGUUGUCGUUUUUGCGUUCUUUUCUCAUCUCAUCUGUGGUUACCUUUUUCGUUCGUUUCAGAUCCACAGUCCUACUUCGAGCUCCGCCAAUAUGUUUGAAUCGCUUGGCGAACAAGGUUUGUACAGAAACUGUGGCAUUAACUCGAAGGUGAAUAAAUUGCUGCAGAACGCGUUGAGCGGUCACCACGCAGGACAGCUCGACUUGGACAAGGAAAACGAUUUGGAGCUGAAGACGGUGACCAGUGCGGUGAAGACAUUCUUUCGGCAUGUCUUCCGUCAGUUUUUAAACGCGGUCAAGCUGGAGGACCAACCUAGUCGCAUCAAGCACAUUCACUGCUGCGUGCACCAGCUGCCGGAGCCGAACUUCCGGAUGCUCAAGAUGUUAAUGAAGCACCUGCAGCUGGUGUCAAGGAAUUCGAAUAAAAACCUGAUGACCGUCUGCAAUUUGGGCGUCUGCUUCGGUCCUUGCAUUAUGCGCCCAAAAGAGGAAACGAUCGCGGCCAUCAUGGACAUCAACAGCGCUUCGUUUGGAUUUCCGUCGUUCGGCAGUUUGUACUGCGGUGGUUCCUACGGACUAAAGUCGUAUAGUUCGACGCUAUCUCGUUCAAACAACGACUUGCUGUGCGCGGGUACCAACAGCAGCAGUUCGUUGAACUCGAUCGACAGUCUAAGUCAUUCUAGCUCUCCUUCGCCAAAGCUUCCGCAUAAUAUAACUAGUCGCAGUUUGGUUAACUACCCGCAACCGUAUCCUGGUGAUCUUCGCCGGGUUCGCACGUUGUUCGAGUGUGUUGGCGAUGAUCCAAGUGAGCUUAGUUUCCUUCCUGGCCAAAUCAUCACGAACGUGUACCCGUCGAAAGAACCGCACUGGCUAUAUGGUACGCUAAACGGCAAAGUUGGUCUGGUUCCUGAAAGUUUCGUAGAGGCACUUCCGUAG